UGGCGGUGGGGCCCGGGCGAGGCCCUGACCGCGCGCCCUGGCACAGGUGGACGGCACGGUGCUCAGCUGCGCGCGCGCCGUGUCCAGCGUAGCCUUCGCGCUGGCCUUCCUGCAGCGCAUGGACAUGCGGCCGCUCGUGGUGCUGGGUCUGCCGGCGCCCACCGCGCCCUCGGGCUGCCUGUCCUUCUGGGACGCCAAGGCGCAGCUGGCGCGCAGCUGCAAGGCGCUGGUGGACGCGCUGCGGGACAACGCGGCGGCCGCGGUGCCCUUCUUCGGAGGGGGCUCGGUGCUAAGCGCGGCCGAGCCCGCCCCGCACGCCAGCUACGGCGGCAUCGUGGCCGUGGAGACCGACCUGCUGCGCUGGUGCCUGGAGGCGGGCAGCAUCCCGAUCCUGUGCCCCGUGGGCGAGACGGCCGCGCGCCGCGCCGUGCUGCUUGACUCGCUGGAGGUGGCAGCCGCGCUGGCCAAGGCGCUGCAGCCCACGAAGACCAUCUUCCUCAACGCACAGGGCGGGCUGCGCGACGCGCGACAGCAGGUGCUGAGCAACGUGAACCUGCCGGCCGACCUGGACCUGGUGAGCAGCGCCGAGUGGGCCAGCCCGCGUGAGCGGCGCCAGGUGCGGCUCAUCGUGGACGUGCUGAGCCGCCUGCCGCACCACUGCUCGGCCGUGGUCACUGCCCCCAGCGCGCUGCUCACCGAGCUCUUCAGCAACAAGGGCUCCGGGACCCUGUUCCAGAACGCCGAGCGCAUGCUGCGCGUGCGCAGCCUGGACAGCCUGGACCAGGCCCGGCUGGUGACCCUGGUCAACGCCAGCUUCGGCAAGAGGCUCCGUGACGACUACUUGGCGUCGCUGCGACCGCGGCUGCACUCGGUCUACGUCUCGGAGGGGUACAACGCGGCCGCCAUCCUGACGGUGGAGCCGGUGCUGGGCGGCACCGCCUACCUGGAUAAGUUCGUGGUGAGCGCCAGCCGCCAGGGCCAGGGCUCCGGCGAGAUGCUGUGGGAGUGCCUGCGGCGGGACCUGCAGACGCUGUUCUGGCGCUCGCGGGUCACCAACCCCAUCAACCCCUGGUACUUCAAGCACAGCGAUGGCAGCUUCUCCAACAAGCAGUGGAUCUUCUUCUGGUUUGGCCUGGCCGACAUACGGGACUCCUAUGAGCUGGUGAACCAUGCCAAGGGGCUGCCGGACUCCUUCUGCAAGCCAGCCUCAGACCCAGGCAGCUGACCCUCACCAAGCCCCCACUGGCCUUGGGACCAACACCAGGGCGGACCAGAAACCAUGCGUGCCCUGGGGGGCUUGCUGGCCAAGCCCCACGAGGACGUGGCCUGGCUCUGCCCCGAGGGUGGAAGUGGGACCAGCAGGGAGGGCCCCACCGAGACCGAAGACCAAAGUCAGGACCUCGCCUGGGCCAGCGUCAGUGGCCACGUGUCUGGUGUGGCAGCUCUGCCCGGAGCACCUCCCGCCUGCCUCCUGCCGCUGCUGCCACUUGCUCUAUUGUGCCUGGGGUCCUGCAAAGCACAGGACAGUUUGAUUAAAGCACCGUCCCUGUCUGAGUCAGCACAGCAUGGAGGCCCGGCCCCAGUGGCCACCUCCUCCCUGGUGUCCUGCUUUGCACAGCUUUGCCCUUCACUUCCAGGCAGGCUCAGAGCCAGGCCCAGACACCACAGGCUCCUCUUUUACCUGCAAGAGCCCAAAGAAGCCACGACAGGUGGUUUUGGCUUAAAACCCACUCGAACGUUUUCCCCAGCCCAGUUGCAGGCUGUAUCUUCCCAGUAACACCAGCUCGGUGGGGAGGAGGCCAGAGGCUCCAGUCAACUUUCUGGGGGACCUGGUACUGGGAACUGAACCCAGGGAACCCCAAGCUACACCCCAGCCUUUUUAUUUUGAGACAAGGUCUCAUUAAAUUGCUCUGGUUGGUCUUGCAUUUGCCAUCCUCCUGCCUCAGUCUCCCAAGUAGCUGGAGGUGUAGGAGUGCACCACCUCGCCUGACUCAUUCCAUGUUUGGGGUCACCAUGAUGGGCCAGGUGCUGUGCCGUCUACCAGGACAAGCAGGGACACGGGCAGUGAAGGGGCCGUCGUGGGAGAGCAGGGCUGAGGGAGAGACCAAACGCACAAACUAGGAAUCCUGAGGGUUGGGGGCUGGUUUUGUGGGGCUGGGAUGGGACCCACAGCCUCUGGGAUCCUGGGGAAAGGCGGCCACGGAGUGACACCCCAGCCCAGAGUUGGAGAUUUUUUAAAAGAGCCAGGGGUCUGUGGGGACUCUGGGAGUGGACGACAAUCACGGCAGCCCACGGCGAGGCCUGCCCAGACAUGGGCUUCCGAGAAACCCAACAUGGAGCUGCUCACGAUGGCCCACACUUGUAAUCCCAGCACCUGGAGGCUGAGGCAGAAGAAUCACUGAGAAUUGAGGUCAGCCUGGAAUACACUGUGAGACCCUGUCUCAGAAAAACCGAAACCAAGAAAACCCAGCAUCAACCACAAUAAACGGCACAGUACCCGUGGGGAAAACAGACGCCA